AUGGACAUCGCAAUGUUGUGGAACGGCCAGCCUCUCCGCCUGCGGCCUGGUGAGCAACCUGGACUUCGAUCCAAUCGGAAAUUUCCUUGCGCUAGUUAAAAAAAAAUUGGAUAAGUCAAGAAGAUACUGUUCGGUGCGCAGUAAACAAACUGACGGUUUCAGUGUCUGCUCGGCUUACAGCCGUUUUGAAAACAGAGGGACAAUUAACAAAGUACCGAUAUGCUCUAUUUGUUAUUGUAUUUCAUUGCUUCACUGCCGUAUUAUAUCUUUAUUCUCUUUUGUUAGUUAUAUUAGACUCUAAAUAAUUAAUAUGUUCCAAAGACUUGAGGGAGAGCGGAGUCAAGACGAUGGAGGAUCCACAGCAAGACAACUACCACUCACUGCCUUCAAAGUCAAUGACUGCCAGUUUGGAAACUUCACUCGUAAGAAGUCUUCAGGGCAACAAGAGUUGGCGGACUCAAGAGCGGCAGUCAGGCGCGCCUAAAACCCCGAUAUAUUUUGAUCAGUUAAACAUUUAUAGGUCCUGCAUUUCCCUCAGGAAACUCUGUCAGAAGAGGGCUUGAGGAGAUUAAUGAUGAUGAUGAUGAUGAUGAUGAUGAUGAUGAUGAUGAUGAUGAUGAUGAUGAUGAUGAUGAUGAUGAUGAUGAUGAUGAUGAUGCGGAGGAAGGGACGCCGGUCUAUACGCCUGCUGCAGCUGUGUUACCAAUUUUCGUUCUUAUAUUACGAAGAAGUUUGGCUGGACUGAUAUCAUUGGGAACGAUUUAAAGGAUGCAAAAGCGCAUUCAGUUACCUAAUUAAGGAAUAUGCAUAAAUUCAUGAAAAGUUCUCAGUAACGCAGAAAUCGGCCCACGUACACCUGCCAAGAUAGGAGACUAAAAAGAAAACACUUUCAGUCCGAUUAAAACACAAGAAGAAAUUGUCUCUUUUUAAUUACCUCAGAAAUUAUCUACGAAGUUGGAGUAGAUCAGUCUAUUCAAGGAUUAUAGACACAGACCGAGAAUUUUAUACAUGAAUAUUUGAACCAAAGUCCAUCAGCCACAGCGGGUAACCGCGUAAUAUUCAUUACCUGCCGACAGGCAGCUAGUCGUAUACUUUAGGGUAAGGUGAUACCAUACUAACAGCACAGGUACUAGCCAAAAGCCCAUAACCGCGUGUUUCGCCGAUGUUUUGCCGCUUUUGGCUAGUACCUGUGCUGUUAGUAUAGUAUCACCUUACAAGAAGCAGUGUUGCGAGUUAUGUCACACUUGGUUAGAAAUGUUGUGCAUUAUGGCUUCUGCUAAAAAGCCAGAUAUAGACGAUGGUCUAGUCCUCUGAAGAUCAAGAUUCCCAUGAUAUAUUAGUGAAUACUUUGCGGUUACCGAUGUUCCGAGUCGAGUGUCCCAUAGGAUGGUUUCUAGAGUUUGUAGUUUUAGAAUCCCCUGAAAAACCAUUACCGGAGUCUCUUAUAAAUGUAAUGAGUUCUUUUACGUCCGUUCUCGUUCAGAUGUCUGGUCGGCUCGUAUUUAUGGGCUCAUCUGAGCAUGAAACUGAGUCUUCGAGAAAAAGUGGCUCUGCUAAAGGAGGUCUAUAAUAAAAUUGUUUUGUUGGGGUGUUUGGCCGACGGAUGUCCACGACCUCCAUCAUUAACCCAAAUGAAGGCAGGAAAGAGGUGGAACAGUUUGUCCGCUUUUCCUUCGAGAACGAAAAAAGCUGUUUCGCUUCAAACAAGCUCCGUCAUAUCUGAUAAAUUGUAGGCCCCGUUCGCCGACCGCAAGUGCUUCACCUAUACGUUGCCCAAAUGAUUCGUGCUGUGUCCAGUACGGGGAAUUGAAAAUAAAAUAGUUUCGGUCAGAUUAAAACAUAAGAAAAAGUGUUAGGAGUUAUGACACACUUGGUUAGAAAUUAUGUGCGGCCCUUGACUGGGUGCAUGACCCAGUGGCUUUAUUAGCCCGACGUUUCGGAUUCCUACUCGAACCCACCAUCAGAGACAAAGCAGAUAGGGGUGGUUCAUCCAUAAGGGGUUGCAGUAUUUAUAGGAUGCAGUCGCCAUGCUACCGCAUACCUAUGAAUAUUCAAGCCCCCCCCCCCCUUGAUCAGGGAUCGUAGCAGUUGGUGUGAUGACUGUUUGAUGGCCGACAUUCGUGCCGUUAAUUGCUGCAAUUUCAUCACGUGCGUUGGAUGUUGAUGUGAUGAUGACUCGACCAUCUGACGCACCGACCCUGGUCUUGGGAAAAGUGUUCACCUCUGCGCUUCCUGCUUGGCUAAUUACUCCGUCUAGGCGAAGUCUCAGCACUGAGUAUGGAAGGGGAAGGUCAUUGCACUUCGCUUCCAUUGGCAGCGCAAGUCUGCCAUCACUAUAAAAUAACUCGCGAGCAGGUUAGCGUGUCUGUUCUCACUCUGCUGUGGAGCCCACGGUGGAUAUCGUCGGUUAUGACGGUCGGAUUAUUGUUCAGAAAUAAUUACUUGUUAAAAAAGUAAAAUCAUAAAACAGCGACUAUUUGUACUCAAUGAUUGAAUGUGCUCUGUGGAUACACAUAACUUGUGUCCAUGAAACUAAUUGGACAACUUGAACACUAUAGGCAGGGUAGCGUUUAAAAAACCUUUACAUAACCCUCGGGUUAAAUAUUUUUCAAAAUUUAGAAUGACAUAUACUACUACAGUUGGUGGAAUAUGCUGAUGUUGAAGGGGGGUUUUGCGUUGCUCGAAACACACAUGGCCAGAUGGAAAAUCGUUUGAUUGAAUUCUUCAGUGAGGAGUUUGCAGAAGUAAAAGUUUAAUGAGGUCACAUAUCGAGAGGCCGCUCAGUAGCUACGGAAUUGGUAUGUAAAUAGCAGAUAUACUUAGGAGCAUAGAAUCUUCUGUGUGCCAGGUUAGUCCUUCUUCUAUGGGUUAAGCAAUGGUGCCGACGAAAUAUCGUGAAUACUUUGCGGUUACCGGUGUUCACGAUCGACUACCCGAAAGGAUGGUUUCUGGAUCUCGUAGCUGCAAAAACCCUUAAAAUAGAAACGCUGUCAAAGGCUUUUGCCCGCGUAAUGAUCUAUUGCACGUCCUUUCUAUGCAAACGACUGAUCGGAACGUAUUUAUGAACCCAUCUGAAGAUGAGACUGAAUCGUUGGGAAGAAUGAAUGCUUUGAACGAAGGCCUGCUAUAGAUGUGUGUUCGAUAAAAUUGAAGUCUUUUCUUAAAAAAACGGUCUAGAUGCGAUGUUUAACCAAUAAAUAUCCACUUCUGAUAUUGUUAUCUGGUAACAAUCGGGAGAUGGCACCCAAAAAUUCCGCCUAAUCAAAGCAGCUUGUCUUAUGGGACAGAUGAUAAUAGGGGUUUUAUGGGUGGUGGCUGGUCGGGAUAAACGAUACUAGCCGAUGGAAAGCCUUAUUUGAACAGGUGAAUGAUCGAAGUUGGCCCGCUCUCCGUUCCGUUAUUACAAAAUGGAUCCUCAAAGCAGUAUAGUGGUAACGGACGAGUGGACGGCGUAUAAUCGUCUUCCCUCAGAAGGUUAUCUACAUUUCUCUGUUAACCACUCAAAGAACUUCAAGGACUCUACCACCGGACGGCACACCAAUGCCAUUGAGGCAUACUGGAGUAGACUGAAAAGGAAACUCCACGAGGGAGGCUGUGUGGGCUCACAUAGACGAAGUACAGUAUCGUCUUCGGUUUGGCCUCAAUUCCAUGUCUUUGACAGAUGCCUGGGAACUGUUCCUGUCCCAUGUUGUGCAGACUUAUUCUAUUUAAAAGUGAUUUUAUUUUGUAAUAAACUGCCAUAAUGCGAAUGUAUGCCGUAUAUUCAGGUGUACGUGUGUAACGAUGGGGAAGGUUGGGUAACAGCGACCAUCGUCCAUGUAACCUUCUGCGAUGUUCGUUCGGCCAGCCCAUGUUAGGCCAUCGGAGAAAGUCCAAGUAGUGCGUGAAAGUAGGCCUGCAACCGCUGAUAUAGCCGGAAGGCGUUUGAGUUCACUGUUAAAGGUAUUAUUUCUAGGUAACGGAUUUUUUUGGGUGCCAACUCCCGAUUGUUACCUGUUAUCUAAAGCAAAGACAGGAAAAAGUUGGAACAUUAUGCCUGUUCACGCACUUCUAUACCGGACACUGAUGAAUUUUUCACCGCGAACGAAAACCUAUUUUCCUAAUUUUUGGGACCAUAUUGACUUAUAGGCUUCAUCCUACAAUUACAAAUACAUAAUUGAUUAACUAUAUAAAUAUCAAAGUAUUUGCCCUUCUAAAUUCAGUAUUAGCAUAAACCAAUCCGCACAACAGACAUCUUCCCCUACACUCAAAAGUCAACAUAACUGGCUAAUGGGGAUCUUUUGCGGUUGGUUAGGAAAUAUUUUUGCGCCGGUCUGAAAAUCACGUACAUACUAGAACAGAAGAUGGCCUGUAACCGUUGUCACUGCACAACUUUAAAAAUUAGAAUUGUUAGGUACGAAAAAAUGAUGAUUUUUCGUAAAAUAGUGUACCUGGUUACGUCUUGCCUUGCCUGACUUACGCAUACUGGUCAAUGAAGUUUCGAGAUAGCGAAACCUGCUUCGCUAAACCUUUCUCAUGGGAUGGUGGAAGGGCGUUCAUCGAUCGCGAUAUGGAACUCAUUCGUCCUGUUGUGUCCUGGGGCUCUCUUUCGAGCCCCGUCAGCAGCCACACAGCUGUACAUGGUAUUACUGACAAGGACAAGGAAGACAGAAAUGGCCAUUUCUGGCUUAUUAGCCGUCGUCAGUUAGCCAUGCUCAAGCCAGUGGCAUACAGCCCCUGGGGUCCGAUCCUGUGACCUGUUGGUUAGAGGUACAACGCCCGUAACCCGAAACCCUAACCCUAAUCCCCAACACUAGCACCUAACCAUUACCCCUAACCAUAACCCCUAAUCCGAACCCCAACAGUAUUCAGUCCAUCAGGUGGGGCUACAUAAACACAUCAUACCCACGGCUGAAAACCCAGACACGCGUCUUGUUGAAAGUGUGCCGUUGCUUGACGCAGCUACGAGGGGCUCGGCUCGUCAAGCGCGUUUCCCGUGCACUUUCUGGUAGAUACACCAGAUUUGAAAUCUCAUAUUUUCAAUUUCCUCAAAAAUUAACGUGCCAGCUUGGAAGUUGUCAGAGUCAGUUCGAAAGUUGAUGCUAGAAACCGUGGCUUGGAAGCCUACAAACUCCCCCACUCAGUUGGAAUCCGAGCCACCACGCCUCCUUAAAAAAAGAAAAACGAGCGGAAGGUCGUGAUGCAGAUACGCUCAGACCAUGAUAGGACUGUCGCCUGUCGGGGCUACAAAUUAUUCAGUUGUUUUUUUGGACGCACAAAAGCCCAGCUGCCCAACAUUCGAGCAGCGCGAGAAAAAAACACCAGACUGUCUGAACCGUCCAAUGUACUUUAAAAGUACAUAUGUGCUGCGCCUUUGAAAGGACUGAAUGGGUCCUCUUUGUGCAGGACUUGUCAACUCUGAGAACCCGAUAAUUUGUUUGCUCAGCUACACGUCUAUUCAGGAUGGGAGGGGGGGGGGGACGGGAGGGUGAACCCAGAACCAUCCCCCUCCUCCUCCUCCUCCUCCCGCGUUGUGUGAUGGCUCCGGCUAUUGGUGAUCCAGUGACUAAUCUCAUGAAACGUUUAUCAAAAUUCUGAAGUGUGUAUUCGAUUGGACAGGAUUGUUGCAUAUAUUUAUUACCCCAUGAUAUGUCCGACAGGCCAGGAUGCUGGCCUUUAAAUUUCCUUUUUUUGGACGCCCUCAAAGACCGCAGUCAUAAAAUUAUGACCACAGUAGGUGUGCUAAUACAUGAAAUAUUGACCGAAAUUCUGAAGUGCGUUAUCAUUUCGAAAAGAUCACUUAAGUAGGGUCGGUAUAUUAAUAACUGUGCAGCAUAUCUGAAAUGCGUUUUCAUUUUGAAAAUAUUACUUAAGUAGGGUUUUAAUAUUGAUCACCGCGUAGCAUAACCCCUUGAUAAUUCAACUACUUCGGGAUGCCGGCUUUCGAACGAACUUCUUCACGACCGCAUAUAAAAACCAAACUCUGUAAAAAAGGACUACUCAAAUAGCAUGAUUUUUUGUCAUUUCUUUUAGAUGCCCAUAUAAAUUCAAAUAUAUUUCGUGAAAAAAAUGCAUAAAAGUAUUCAUUCUAUCACUCAUUUGGCAGAAAAUCACGUCUUCCUUCAAUUUUAUACUCGAAGGAAGGGCAUAAUUCAGUUUUCAAAAGUUUCUUAUUAUGAGAUUUUUUAAUAUUGUGAAAUGCUCGCUCAUAAAACUUCGUGUCUCUGCAUUUGCUAAUGUGGCUUCUAAAGUUUACAAUAUGGCUCAAAUACACUGUUGAAUUUAAUGAACUCCAUGCGGUCGCCUCUUAAUACCGUAGAGAAAUGUACGGUUUUUCGUACGCGUAAAAUGUACAGCUUGUAGUUUGGAAACCCGGGAUACAAGUGUAACGGCAGGUCGAGUUCAAAAUUAUCGGGGAGUCGUAAAAGUUUUUAAAACCGAAUUAUACCCUUUCUAAGAGCAUAAAAUUGAAAGAAGACGUAAGUUUUCACCAAAUGAGUAAAAAAUGAGUAUUUUAUGCAUGCUUUUUAUAAAAUAUAUUUGAAUUCAUAUGGGCAUCGAAAAUCAAUAAGAAAGAUUCACGCUAAUUUAGUAGUCAUUUUUUACAGAGUGUAGUUUUUGCACACGGUCGGAAAGUAGUUCUUCCAAAAACCGGCCUCCUGGGAUAGUUGAAUUGUUAUGGGAUUAUGCUACGCGGUGAUUAAUGUUACAACUCUACUUAAGUAAUCUUUUCAAAAUGAAAACGCAUUUCAGAAUUUCGGUUAACAUUUCAUCUGCUAGCGCACAUAUUAUAGUCAUGAUUUUAUGACUGAGGACUUUGCUAGCGCCCGAAAUGUAGCGAAUUUACACAGUUUGCACUUUUCUAUUGAUUUUCGAUGCCCUCCAUACCUUCAGGCAUAUUUUAUAAAAAAGUGCCCAAGCAUAUUAUUUUUCGUAUUUCUUUAGUGGCGAAUUACGUCUCCUCCAAAGUUUUCAUUCAAAAGAUGGGUGCCUUUCGAUUUUAACAGACUUUCCGAUUGGGAGAUUUCUUAGAAAUUUGCAAUGUCCACUCAAGUAGCUUCCUAUCCGUCCGUUUAAUAAUGCUCGUCAAGAAGCAUGAAACAUAUGCCUUAUACAUUGCAAAAUUUUAUAAACUCUAUACUGUGUCUUUUUAAUAACGUGAAGGCAUAUAUGACUGUCCUCCCAUGGAGAAUAUAAAACCCGUAAACCGAAAACCCUGAACGCAAAUGCAUCGGCAGAUUGGGCUCAGUACUAUUUUGAAAUUGAUAGGCUUUUGGAAACUCAAAUAAAACCUUCCUUCGAAUUCAAAAUUUUAAUAAAGACCUGACAUGCUUUCAAAUGAAUGCAAAAAAUACGAUUUCGUGCAUGUUUUCUAUAAAAGGUAUGCAAGCCUGACUGGAGCAUGGAAAUUCAAUAAAAAAACGUGAACUGAUUAAGUGAUAUUAUUACUAUUAAUCCUACUACUGUCACUUAUAAUGAUGAUAGUGAUGACGACUAUGAUUAUAAUCGCGAUGAUGAUGAUGAUGAUGAUGAUGAUGAUGAUGAUGAUGAUGAUGAUGAUGAUGAUGAUGAUGAUGAUGAUGAUGAUGAUGAUGAUGAUGAUGAUGAUUAUGAUGAUGAUGAUGAUAAUGAUAAUGCUUCUACUAUUGCUACCACUAUUACUACUUCCACCAUUACUGACGCAACUGCCGCCAAUACCAAUGGGGCUACUAGUUCCACUGCUGCCGUCACUAAUACUACUGUCACUACUAAAGAUAUCAACAGUAUUAAUACUCACGAAUGGAAGAGAAUAUGCGCAUCCCAGGUUCUUGUUUAA